CACAGAGGGGGUAGCCCGACUCCUCUCCGCUCUCCUCCAUUCUGUCUCAGAGGUGGAUGCCAUGCCAUCGGGUUUUCUCCAUUUAUCAGCUGUUUGCGUUCACAUGACAAGCGCGCCGGGGGUAUUUUAAGGGUAGGGGAUCCCUCUUGGUGGCGACAUUACAGCAGAUGGAGAGAGCCCUCCAUCAGCCUUAUCAGCUACUGUCAGUCACAUCAAGAUUGAGCCAACCAGUACCAUGGACCUUUAGGAGAACUUGUAGCAUGCAUUCCCUACGUAAGACUGUGCUGUUAGCUCUGGUAGCAUCAGUGGUGCUGGUUUUGGCAGUGCUACAUUCCUGGCCCACGCGGAUCUAUAGCACUGUGGAUGUCCGGUACAGACCGGGUCCUGGAGCUGAGCGGCUGCUGGAGGAGAGACUUCCUGAACCGGAUCCCAGCACUAGCACCAUCCCUUACAGAGUGAGGGAGAGUGUGGCCAGGCUUUUGGCUCGCAACGGGUGUGUUUGUGAAGGAGAGAGCAGAGGGGUCAACCUGCCCUUUGCUCAGCUGUUGUUCCCUAGAGUGUCUGCCCAUCCCCUGCACACUGCCUUCCAGGCCUCCCAGCUCCAUGAGAUGAAGAAACGGCGCGCCAAAGAAUAUCAGAGCUUCCAAAUGAGGUCACAGACCCCUGCUGAUCUGCUGAUUGUAGCUGAAGCUAACAACCCUUUGCAGUACCCAACACAGGGUGUGGAGGUUCGGCCACUUAAAACUAUCCUUAUACCAGGUUUGGCCUUAAAAGAGCUGCCCCGAGAUGUAUAUACUCUGAACUUUUCAGCAUCGCUGGGCACAUUUAAUGUAGCAGCAGAGGUGGAGGGGGUAAAGGUCAGGGGUGAUGGCGAGAUGCACAUGACCCUGAGCAGCACCCUUUUGUCCAGUCUGAAUCGAGAGCUCCAGUUUAUCACAUAUACCAACACACAGUUCCACCCCAGCACAGCUGACACAGUGCAGUUAGACACAGAAGGACAUCAAGCUCUUUUUACCAUCAAGAUCCAUCAUGGAGUAACACCCAAACUCUACAAUACAGGCUCUGAUGCAGAUAAAGAGUACAACAUCAGUGCUCUCGUGACCAUAGCAACUAAAACCUUCCUGCGCUAUGACAAGCUCCAAGAUUUAGUUGACAGCAUACGACAGUACUAUCCAACAGUUACAAUAGUGAUAGCAGAUGACAGUGAGCACCCAAAAACAGUGUCAGGCCCUUAUAUCGAACAUUACAUCAUGCCCUUCGGAAAGGGCUGGUUUGCUGGUCGUAACCUGGCCGUGUCACAGGUCACUACCAAGUAUGUGCUGUGGGUGGAUGAUGACUUUAUCUUUACUGCCAACACAAAGCUGGAGAAACUGGUGGAUGUGCUGGAGAAAACCACACUUGACCUGGUUGGAGGAGCAGUGCGUGAAGCCACAGGCUACACUGCCACCUACAGGCAGACGAUCUCAAUUGAAGCUGGAGAGGAAGACGGGGACUGUCUGCACAUGCGGAGAGGCUUCCAUCACAUCAUCCAGGGCUUUCCUCACUGUGUUGUCACUGAUGGAGUCAUCAAUUUCUUUCUUGCCAGGACAGAUAAAGUGCAGCAGGUGGGCUUUGACCCCCGACUAGCCCGUGUUGCGCAUUUGGAGUUUUUUAUUGAUGGGCUCGGCUCCCUGCAUGUUGGGUCUUGUGAUGAUGUCAUCGUGAACCACGCCACCAAGAUCAAGCUGCCGUGGGGCCAGUCGGAAAGUGACAAAACUUACGCGAAGUUCCGUUACCCUCCUGCUUCAUCCGAUGCGACACACACCAAAAAUGGCCUCUUGUACUUCAAAAACCGCUUCCAGUGUCUAACACACAACUGAACACUCCAUGACUAUGCCUUCUUCCCUUUCUCUCAUCCUCCCUCAAACAAACACUCUCUCCCUGAGUAGCUAAAGGGGACUGUGAAGACACUGAAAGUGUGCUGUGGAUGUACUGUAUAUGGUCCCAUGUGAGUAUGGGGGAGUUCAAAUAGGCCUCUUCUUUUGGAAAGGGUCAUAAUGUGAUCAAACAUGACUGACGGAUGAGAUGCUCAGUGAUGGCUGAUUAAGAUUUUUUUGAUACUUGAAGAUGUCGUAUUUUUGUGUCUCCUUUCUUUAGCUUUAUUUUUGUUCAGAAGAAUUCUUUAGAUACAGAUCAAACCAUUCCGUAAAUUAUGCACGGUCAUCUUUUUCUCCUCAGCCAAUCAUGUUUCAGUAUCACAUUUAAAGGGAUUGUGAGACCAAAAAUGAAUUCUGUCAUAAUUUACUC